AUGGGUGCAACUUGCUCGAAUAUUAAAAACCAAAAUGUAUUUAACAUCAUGGAACUACCUUAUAAGUAUAGAUAUUGAAAUACUUAGUAUUCAUGUGAUGGCAUACAUCUGGUCUGAUAAUGGACAUAAUUUAUUUGAUUAUGAGAGUGAUUCCCUUGUAAAAAAAUCAAUUGAUUUUGAUUUCUAAGGUAUUUCCCAUAAAUAUAUAAGGAAGAGUGGUUUAAUUGGAUAGAGAUAUUUUGGCUUUAACAAAAAAUGUAAGAUUAUUUAGAUAAUUAUAAAGGAAGUAGUAAGAAAUUAAAGAGAAAUUUUUGAGUUUCGCAGUAAUCAAAAAUAUAUUGAAUUAUAUAAUUCUAAGAUUGAAAAUGCUUUCUGGAAAGUCAUUCGUCCUAUUUAGGCAUCAGAUUUACCUACUCUGGAUCGUCAAAAAUUAAUGAUAAAUUCAACAAUAAAAUUAGGAAGAGUCAAGUUAACAGUUCUUGAUUAUAGCUUUGCUUAUGAAUAUGAUGAUGGUGGAGUACCUGAUGAAUUAGAUGAAAAAAAUAACUUAAAUGAUAGUGAAUGUGUAGAAGGAUAAGUAUAAUGCAGAUUUUGUCUAAGCAAAUUGGCAAAAUUAGAAAAUCCUUUUAUUAGUCCAUGUAAAUGUAUGGGUUCCAUUAAAUUUAUUCAUUUAAAAUGUUUACAAAGUUGGAUUAAUAGUCAAUUAAAAACAAAAACAUAAAAUGGAGUAACUUUAUAUUAUUGGAAGAGUAUGAAAUGUGAAUUAUGUAAAACAAUGUAUAAAAGUAAAUGUUUAAUUUAUAAAUGAUAGCAUCAUUUAAAUUUAAGUCAAUUUAAUAUAAUAUAUGUGAUAUAAAUAAACCUAAAGAACCUUAUUUAUUAUUACAAAUAAAUCAUAGUGAUAAAAAUAAAGAAUAAGGUUUAUAUGUAAUUGAUAUCAAAACAAGAGAUACCAUUAAAAUAGGAAGAACAUAAGAUUGUGAUAUAAAAUUACAUGAUAUUUCAGUAUCUAGACAUCAUGCUAGUGUAUUAGUUAAUCAUUAAGAAUAAUCCUUUUAUAUAGAAGAUAAUUGUUCAAAAUUUGGAACAUUAGUAUUAGCUUAGGAUGAAGAUUUGUAAAUUCAAUUAAAUUCUCCAAAAAGAUUAGCAUUAUAAGUAGGUAGAAUUGUAAUAGUUGUAACUAUUGAAAAAAAAAUAAAUAAAAAAAAGUAUGUAAUUAUGAUAUUAAUUUUAUAGAAUAAACAAAUAUAGAGUGCCUGCAUAAUUUGAAGUUUUUAGAUAAUUUAGAUAACAUGAAGAUGAUGUAGAAAUAUAAUCUGUUGAACAAUAAUAACAAUCAGAUGUUGAAGAUAUUUUAAUUAAUGAUCCAACAUUUGAUAGAGAUUAAGAUAUGAGUAAAUUUAAAAAUAUGAACUUUUUAACUGGAAGUAUUAUUUAAAGAGAGUAAUAGUGA